CUUGUUUUAAAAUCCCAACCAUAACAGAAUUAAGCCAAUCCGCAAAAGAAAAUAUUAGGGAAUUUAAUCAUUAGGGAAGACCAAGACAUCCUGAAAAAGUUUUUAAAAGGUUCCUAAAAUACAUCAUGUUUGGUAUAUCACCGAGGAUAAUGAUACUGUAGUCCCUGAUUGCCCCUCCUCCAUCAUAACCCCCCAAUCUAUUUCCCAACUUGAACACAAAACUCCCUCCACUGUACAUUUGGAAAGAAUGCGAGAAAGACUGCAAUUCUAAUCCAAGAAUUCACAACAACCCAGAAAUAACAGCAAUCCUGUGCUACAUGUAUGAAGAACUAUUUGUUCAAAAUAUGUAAUACAAGGUUAGGUGCUCUUCUUGCAGCGGGGGCGGUAGUUCAUAGAGAAAGAGAAGGGGGAAGGACAUGCCUGACAUCAGCUCCCCUCCCUUCUCCAGAACGAGAAACUCACAGAUUGGAAAAGAGAGCCCAAUCAGGAAAACAUGCCAAGAUUUUAGCCCUCCUCCUGGCACUUUUUUGUAUACAUAUUCAAGAGUCACUCAAGCAGCUGCAGCAUAUUAGUUCCAGUAGUUUUGACAGCCACUGCCACAGGACUGCGACUCGGUGCAUUGUCCCUUCGCUCCGUGUUCACUUACCUAGCCAGCAAGAGUGAAGGCUGUUUUGGCAGCAUGAACUUGUCAUGGAGAAGCAAUGCCUGACAGGUUCGGUGGAGGAGUUUGCUUGUUUUUCUUCUUCCCUUCCUCUUCUUUGCAAUUCAAUAUUGAAAGCAGGCAGCACCAUGUUACAGGCUGAACAGGCUGAAUCAGAGGUGCAGCUUGGCACAGUUCCUCAAGACUGAAUGAGCAAAGGGUGUUUUUUUUUUCCCUUUCCAAAGCAGCCAAAACAAAUAUCACGUUGCAUUUGUAGAGAUUUCGUUAAUAUAAGUUGCUUUGGAAACAUGGCUCAGCAAACAACAAGCCCAGGCACCUUGAUUGUACCUGAAGUUGACAAUACACACUGUCAAAAUCCAUGGCUUAACGAGGAUCUUGUGAAGACCCUGAAGGAAAACCUGUUGCAGCAUGAAAAGCUCAAGAUAUCCCAGAAAUCUUCAUCAAUUUCACCGAAGUUGUCUCCCAUCAUUUCUCCCAGAAAUUCGCCAAGGCUGUUGCGCAGGAUGCUUUUGAGUAGCAACAUACCAAAACAGCGCAGGUUCACUGUGGCACAUACCUGUUUCGACGUAGACAAUGGCACCUCAUCGGGACGGAGUCCCUUGGAUCCCAUGACAAGCCCUGGAUCAGGGCUAAUUCUCCAGGCAAAUUUUGUUCACAGUCAACGCAGAGAAUCCUUUCUCUACCGAUCAGAUAGCGACUAUGAUCUGUCGCCAAAGUCUAUGUCCAGGAACUCCUCUAUUGCCAGUGAUAUACAUGGAGAUGACUUGAUUGUGACACCGUUUGCUCAGGUGCUUGCCAGUUUACGUACUGUACGGAACAAUUUUGCUGCAUUAACCAACCUUCCGGAUCGAGCACCUAGCAAACGGUCACCAAUGUGUAAUCAACCAUCUAUCAACAAAGCAACCAUAACAGAGGAGGCCUACCAAAAACUGGCCAGCGAGACCCUGGAGGAGCUGGACUGGUGCCUGGACCAGCUGGAAACCUUGCAGACCAGGCACUCCGUCAGUGAAAUGGCCUCGAAUAAGUUUAAAAGAAUGCUCAAUCGAGAGCUAACCCACUUAUCUGAAAUGAGCCGAUCAGGCAAUCAAGUCUCUGAAUAUAUAUCCAACACAUUUUUAGACAAGCAGCAUGAAGUGGAAAUCCCAUCUCCAACACAGAAAGAAAAAGAGAAAAAGAAACGGCCUAUGUCUCAAAUCAGUGGGGUAAAAAAGUUGAUGCACAGUUCCAGCUUAACAAAUUCUAGCAUCCCCAAAUUUGGAGUCAAAACAGAUCAAGAAGAUAUUUUAUCCAAGGAGCUAGAAGAUGUAAAUAAAUGGGGCCUCCAAGUGUUUAAAAUAGCCGAAUUAUCUGGGAACCGACCUUUGACAGUUGUCAUGUAUACAAUCUUUCAGGAACGGGAUUUGCUAAAAACGUUUAAAAUUCCACCAGACAUGUUAAUAACCUACUUGAUGACGCUGGAGGAUCAUUAUCAUGCUGAUGUGGCAUAUCACAACAAUAUACAUGCUGCUGAUGUUGUACAGUCAACACAUGUGCUUUUGUCUACCCCAGCUUUGGAGGCUGUUUUCACAGACUUGGAGAUUCUAGCUGCUAUUUUUGCCAGUGCAAUACAUGAUGUUGACCAUCCUGGGGUUUCAAACCAAUUUCUUAUCAACACAAACUCUGAACUUGCCUUGAUGUAUAAUGAUUCAUCAGUCCUAGAAAACCAUCAUCUAGCUGUUGGCUUCAAAUUAUUGCAGGAGGAGAAUUGUGACAUUUUCCAGAACUUGACAAAAAAGCAGAAGCAAUCAUUGAGGAAGAUGGUCAUUGACAUUGUCCUUGCCACAGAUAUGUCUAAGCAUAUGAAUCUAUUGGCCGAUUUGAAAACAAUGGUUGAAACCAAGAAAGUGACUAGCUCUGGAGUUCUACUUCUCGAUAACUAUUCAGACAGGAUUCAGGUUCUACAAAAUAUGGUACACUGUGCAGAUCUAAGCAAUCCAACAAAACCACUCCAGUUAUAUCGGCAAUGGACAGAUAGAAUAAUGGAAGAGUUCUUUCGUCAGGGAGAUCGAGAAAGAGAAAGAGGCAUGGAAAUAAGUCCCAUGUGUGAUAAACACAAUGCAUCUGUAGAAAAAUCACAGGUGGGUUUUAUAGACUAUAUUGUUCACCCUCUCUGGGAGACCUGGGCUGACCUUGUCCACCCAGAUGCCCAAGACAUCUUAGAUACAUUGGAGGACAAUCGUGAAUGGUACCAGAGCACAAUCCCUCAGAGUCCUUCUCCUUCAUCGGAUGACCAAGAGGAAGGUAGACAAGGACAAACUGAAAAAUUUCAGUUUGAACUAACAUUGGAAGAAGAUGGUGAAUCAGACACAGAGAAGGACAGUGGAAGUCAAGUGGAAGAAGAUACCAGCUGCAGUGACACCAAGACUCUUUGCACCCAAGACUCAGAGUCCACAGAAAUUCCACUUGAUGAGCAAGUGGGAGAAGAGGUGGUAGAGGAGGAGGAAGAGGAGAAUCAGUCAGAACCUUGUGUGCUAGAAGAACGGUCUCCUGAUACGUAACAGUGCAUAGCUCUCUCUAUACUCUCUCCUUUUCUGUUUUUAAAAGCUGAAAAUGGUUUCCAAAGUGCAUAUCAUAUGGCACAACCAUGAUCAUGCCUCACUGUCAUCUGCCAGAGUUGUUUGUUGAUCAAAAACUUAGUUCAGCACUCAGGAUUAGUGUGACCAGAAUUGUUCAUCUCCAUGGCACCAGAGAAUGAAGGAAAACAUCUGCAAAGAACAGUUGAAUGAAGAGUUCAGCUUGGCUGAUUUGAUGAGAGACUGACAGCACUCACAGCUGUUUUUCACAAGGAGUAAAGGCUGGUCCAAAGCUAAUGUGAGUGUGUGUGUGAGAUUAUAUGUGUGUUUUGUAUUAGGUUUUAAUUUCAUGAGGAGGCAAUUAAUACCAUACCUUUAAUGAUUAACACCAGAAUCUAAAGAAAGUGACCAGCAAAUGAAUCAAGUUGUCUAUGGGAAAACAAAUGCACUCAAAUAUGGGGAUACAACAUGAACCAGUAGGAAGAUGAAGCUGUGGAAAUCACAUACUUUUCUAAUUUCAAGUCUUCCUGACACAUGACUGAAAAAGGUGUAGCUCAAUGGUUGCACUGAAGUCUGCAUUUUGUAUCAUAUGUAAAACAGAAAUCUUUUUGUAGAGUUUACUUUUAUUAUUAAAUGUGUUGGGUUAUUAUAUUUAAAAGAAUGCAACACCCUCCGAAUUUCAUCUGCCAGUGGCUUUCUCUUCCUCCCUCUUCUCCUAUCCCCAAAAAAGAGUAACUUGCAAGUUUUCAGUACAUGUAUAUGCUACACUGGAUAAAUUGAAUUUUAUAUUUGUUUGCACUUAGAUUUUCAUAGCAAUUCCUUCAACUGUUAUAAAAUAGCUUUUGUUUUAUAGACCAAUGAUACGUAUAUGAUGCUCUGUUAAUUCUCUCUCACCCAUCCACCUACCUAGUCUCUUAUGGUAGGUAAACACUUUGUUUUCUAUCUUUUUUUUUCUUUGUAAAUGUCCAAAAGCAGCAAUAUAUUAUCUGCUAUGAGCUCUUUGACCUCACAGAUAGCUUAGUCCUGCAGAUCCAAGGUUUAUGGUUGUGGGUUAAUUCCCCUCAACCAAACCAAUUAUUUUUGAAAUCUAGUGGAACACUAGAGUAGCAGUUCCCCAACAUUUGGGUUGCAACAAUUGAGGGGUGGCAGGAAUGUGGACCAUUAGGAUUCAAUCUUCCUAUAGUAGAUGCAUUGGGGUUCAGAAGGUUGAAAUGAAUGACAAUAGUGCAUAGAAACUUGAGAAUGCUCCAAAACAAACAUUGGAUACUCAUAAGUAUGAAUAAAUUUGGAUCUGAGGUUUUCAGAUCUAUGGCCAGUAUAAGGGUGACUUUCCUAUUAUAUACACAAAUGUUUUAUUUGCUAACUGAAUAUUUCCUUUUCCACAAGACAGUUUGUUGGCCUGAACAAUAGCAUUGUAGGAGUCUUUUGCCCCAAUGACUUACUAAGACCAACAAAUGCUUUGGUUGGGGGCAUGCGGGCAACUGUCAUUGCACAGUACUACAGAUUGUAUUUGUGCAAAUAGGUCAGGAAUAAAUUGUUUCUAAGGGAUUUUUUUUCCCCGUCAAAAAGUUUUUGAGAGGGUUUGUGCUAUUAUGGGAAGUGCACUACUCUAAAAAACUGACAGGUUGUUAAGGGGGGGGAGUAUUGCAGAGCAAAGUGUAGACUGCCAUCCAUUGUAGAAUUAUAUUAUGGCUGUUAAUUAAAAUGGGAUUUGUGUAUUUAAUUUUAAAUUUGGCUGUAGCUGUAGCAUACAGCUACAAUUAUGUGUAGGAAAUCUAUGCACAGUAGCAGACAUUAAUGCAGAUUGAAGCCUGUGAGGAUUGAAAAGGGCCAUCCUCACUUGACCUGUGCUGCCUUUCUCUUGCCAGAUUGCAUUAGUAGGCACAUAUUCAUGCUGCUUUAUCAACAUGGUACAUUUCCUUGACCACAUAGAUUGUCUCUCUUUGGUCUACAUUUGCAUGAAACAGCUCCUCACCGUAUGAAAAAGCUUUGCACAGAGUUAUUGUAAUCCCAGUAUUGAAGCAAUUUGGUUGGACUGGGUUUGAAUCAUGAGUCUUUGUUUUGCUGCAAUGAAAACAGAAAUUGGAUUGGAUUGGAUUGGAUGGAGCCUAAAUUAAUAAGGCUUUAGUCUCAUUGUAAUCAAUGGAACUAUUCCUUCAUUUAUUUAGAAUUAAGACUUGUUUUAUACAUCAAGCUCUUACGGUAAGCACUGAAUAAUGAGGAUUUUAAAAAAAUGUUUUAAUGUGUUGACUCUUUCUUAGUUCUUAAUGCCUUUUGUUAAAAAAAAUACCAGCUAGGGAAAUGAA